AUGGCCUCUAAGUCAGAAACAGCGCACGAUUGCUCGCAGUACGAAACGGAAGCGUCUCUGCUCGAGCAAAUAACAGUCAUCGAAAAGCGCAUCAAGGAAAUCGAGACGGCCGAAACUUCCGCAACUCCGUUGCCACCUGGCAUUCGGGCUAAGCUGGAAGCUCUGCGAAAAAUCCAGCUGGACAUCAUUCAGCGCGAGGUAAAGUUUCACCUGAAAGCCCACGCACUAGAGGUUGAGUUCCAGGGCGAGUUCAACGAGUGUCACGGUGCGAUUUCUCGCAUCGUAAACGGAGUGGACGUACCGGAACUACUGGAGCCGGAAGCUACUGGCGGCGAGGAUGUCGCCGACCAGCGUGCAGGAGUGCCCGACUUCUGGUUGACUGUGCUGAAUACGAGUUUCCUGGAUUCCAUCAUCCAGGAAACGGAUGAACCUGCGCUAAAACAACUCCAGGACAUUCGGUGCGUGUUGGUGAACGAACCAGAGCCGGGUUUUGAGCUGCAGUUUCAAUUCGCCACGAAUGACUACUUCACGAACGAGGUGCUCACAAAGCAGUACUUCCUACGGUGCUCUCCCAAUCCGGACACGCCGUCCAAAUUUAACGGGUUCGAGAUCUACCGAUGUACCGGGUGCACGAUCGACUGGAAGCAGGACCACAACCUGACACAGGACCCGCAGAAGAGUUCAUUCUUCGAUUUCUUUGCACCCGAGAAAUCCACGAACCAGGAUCUGGACGAGGAGUACAAUGUAGCGAUCAUGGAGUGUGACUUCCAGUACGGGUAUUACAUCAAGGAGACGAUCAUCCCACGUGCCGUGUUCCUGUUCCUGGGGGAGAACCCAAGCGAGCGCGAGAACAACCACACCUGCAGCUGCGAUCGGUGUCUGUACAUCUCGUGUCUGGACGAUCUGGCCAACUGUACGGUGCUACCAAACUCAGAGGACACCGAAGUAGAGGACACGGACCUCGCAACCGUGGAUGAUGAAGAACAGGAUGAUGUGGUUUAAGAUAUGACAAAGCGCUAUGUACGA